CCUCUCCGCCUGGAGGGAGUCACGGGUCGGCGGCAGGGCUGGACGGGGCGGAGCCCGCCCGGGAAGGGAAAAACGGAAGGCGAGGAAGUGAUGCCAAGUCGAAUUUGGGAGCCAGAAGCGGCGCGGCGCGAACGCUGCGCUCGGGCGGCUGGCGGGGCGUCAUGGAAGUGCCCGCGGUGAACCUGAAGGCUAUCGUCCUGGUACACUGGCUGUUGACGACAUGGGGCUGCAUGGCAUCUUGGUUGCCAAUUUCCUACCCAUGGGGUAACUUCACCAUUCUUGCCCUGGGUGUCUGGGCAGUGGCCCAGAGGGAUUCUAUUGAUGCAAUCCUCAUGUUCCUCACUGGGCUUCUGCUGACGAUCCUGACGGACAUAAUACACUUCAGCCUGUAUUACCCUCAGUCAUCUUCGCUGCCCGACACCACCCGUUUCAGCGCCGGCAUGGCCAUCUUCAGCCUCCUCCUCAAGCCCUUGUCUUGCUUCUUCGCCUACCAGAUGUACCGGGAACGUGGAGGAGAGUAUGCCUUCAACCUAGACUGGGAGCCUUCGUCGGAGCGAUAUUCUGCCCGGGAUGGUAUUGACUUCACUGCUUUAUCCCUUAUUUGCCAUUGCUGAAAUGCCUUCCUCUUUUGUUUAUCAAGUUUUCUUGCCUUUUUAUGCACCUCUGCUCAUUUGGAGACAAGCAUUAGCCUCCAUCUUCCUCCUGGAAGCUUUUAAAAGCACUUUUUAAUGAAGAUCAACAAAUAUGAGGAGAAAAUGUCUCUGAGAGCAAGAUG